CUUCUCUGUAAACCCGACUUGACCAUAGCCUAUCCUUACCCAAAACAGUAAAAAAACUUAUAAUAUGGGGAUUCAUAAUCCUUUACCUGCUUCUUUGAAAAGUGAAUGCAAGAAAACGGGAAAAAUUUUAGCUAGUUUUGUGGACCCGAGACAAACACUCGGAGCUCAGGAAGUCAUUCCUCCCUCCGUACUGACCAAUGCAAAAGGACUGGUAAUUAUGACAGUUUUAAAAGCUGGUUUUCUAUUCUCUGGAAGAAUCGGUUCUGGAUUAAUUGUUGCACGUCUAGACGAUGGCACAUGGUCAGCUCCUUCGGCUGUUAUGACUGGUGGAAUGGGUGUGGGUGCCCAAAUUGGAUCUGAGUUAACUGAUUUUGUAAUUAUUUUAAAUUCAAGAAGUGCCGUACAAACGUUUGCUCGUUUGGGUAGUAUCACUUUGGGUGGAAACUUGUCUGUUGCAGCUGGUCCUUUGGGCCGAAAUGCUGAAGCCGGCGGUGGUGCCAGUGUCGGUGGCAUGGCCCCUAUAUUUUCUUACAGCAAAACAAAAGGUCUUUUUGCGGGUGUUUCUUUGGAAGGUUCAAUUUUGGUUGAGCGCCGUGAUGCAAACCGCAGUCUGUAUAGAGGUGAUAUAAACGCUAAACGACUUCUCACAGGCCAGGUCCCCCAACCAGCAGCGGCAGAUCCCCUUUAUAAAGUUCUGAAUUCUAGAAUUUUCAAUAUGUAUCGAGAAUACGAAGGAGAUAUCUAUAAUGAUGUUCCCAUCUACGCAGAGGAUGAACCUGAAGAUAUUUGGGGUCCACCUGGGUCUCGUGCGAAACGUGAUACUUUAGAUAGUGAUUCCGGUUACAGAUCGCGAAGAUCACAACCUACUCGUAGCAGUCGUCGUUAUGCCAGCGACGAUGAGGAAGAUGACUACGACCGUUAUAGAAAUAGAAACAGACCGACUUCCAAAUUAACUAGUUCCUCUAUUCGCUCUUCUCGUGCUAAAAACGAUGGCUUCCAGUCUCAAUACACUGACACUCCGACUCCUACUUCAACCAACGAUUAUUACAGUGAUGAGGAACAUAGUUACGAUAGCCAUGACGAUGAUGCUAGUAGCGGCUCCUCUCGUUUCUCAUCAAGGAGUUCUGACUAUUCUCGCCCAUCUCGCCCAUCCGCUCCAAAACCCGUGUUCUCUAAAGAUAAAAUUGGCCCUAAUCAAGUGCGUGCAUUGUACACAUUCACUGGGGAGCAACCUGGAGAUUUAUCAUUCAAGAAAGGCGACAUAAUUGAAAUAAUUCAAAGAAGCGAAUCCCAUGAUGAUUGGUGGACAGGCAGGAUUGGAUAUCAUGAAGGUAUCUUUCCCGCUAACUAUGUUUCACUAACGUAAUCGUUAAUUUCCUCUGUGUAUGCCCGAAUAUAUUAUGAUAAUUCCCUGAAAGUCUGAUCUUCAUUUUACUUUGUAAGAAAUCAGCUUCUGCUCGCCGAUUAUGUCUACUUCAAAGGUGGUUAACAUUCAUUUUUAUUAUCUUCCUUACAAAUAAUUACAUAUUUAAGUAAUUCAGAAUGAUUAGAAGUAUAAAUAAAAAAGUUCCUUUUGCAUUUAUUUUACUACAUUCUGGUGUAUGUCCUGAGGAAACAACUUAUUAAGGAUAUUUAUAAGAUUACUAUUGCCCUACAAAAUCAAUCAAUCAACUAAUAUUUCACAAAGGACUUGUUUCUUUGGCUAACCACUUUUUGGCUGAGCUUGACAAUAGAGGACUUAACGUAUCAUAGACGCGAGCAUGAUACUUGUUAAUAUACUCAACUUCUUCUUUGCAAAGCAGAGUAGGAUCAAUAAGUUUCUUGCAAUGUGGAGCCAUAGUAAGGUCCUUCAAACCGUAGUACUCACGAGCAGCAAAUUGAUAUUUGGUAUUAGCUUUGGUGACAUAUACACAGUUUUCAACUCGGAAUCCGAAGUGACCGUCUUCGUAAAAUCCUGGCUCAUUGCUAGUAACCAUUCCUGGUUCCAAGGCAACUGUAUUGAAGACAUCACGUGAACCAAUACCAAUGGGAAGUUCGUGAACAUUAAGGAAACUACCUACCCCAUGUCCGGUACCGUGCAAAUAGUCCAAUCCCCAUUGCCAAAGAUGCUGACGUGCCAAAGCGUCAAUUUGAAAGCCAGUAGUACCUUUAGGGAAUACUAAAUUAAUGAUUGCAAUAUGACCUUUCAAAACCAAUGUAGCUGAUUGACGCUCAAAUUCGGUAGGUUCUCUGAAGUGCCAUGUUCUAGUUACAUCGGUUGUUCCGUCUUUAUAUUGAGCGCCUGAAUCACAAAGAUAAAUUUUAGAAGGGUCGAUGACAGCACUUCCCGUAGCAGGUGGUGAGUAAUGAAUGACAGCGCCAUUCGAUCCAGUGGAACUAAUAGUCUCAAAAGAUAAAUUAACGAAAUUAUCAUUUUUUCUUCUGAAAGAUUCAAGCUUCGUGGCUGCGUCGUAUUCAUUGAUUUUACCACCGGAUUGAAGAAACUCUUCAAGCCAUGCAAAAUAUUCAACUAAAGCAGAUCCAUCUCUAACAUGGCAAUCCUUCAUACCCUUCAACUCAACAUCAUUUUUAAUACCCUUGGCAUGAGCGAUUGGGCUAACGAUAGGGUAAACAGUUGCUUCACCAAAGGAAGUAGCAAUACACCAAGAAGUUUUAGUAGAAACACCGACAUGACUUAAAUAACAUUCGUUUGCGUCUUUAAA